AUGCCUUACAACAAUGCUCCCAUCGAACCGCCACAAGAGAUCACUGGCUCAACCGCUCUUCCUCUCGCACGGGUCAAGAAGAUCAUUGCUCAGGAUGAGGACAUCGCGCAAUGCUCCAACCCAGCGGCUUUCGCAAUAUCGGUCGCGACAGAGGUAUUCAUCCGUUAUCUGACCGAACAAGCACACAACGUGGUCAAAUCGGAACGGAAAUCCAGGAGGAACAUCGCCUAUAAGGACAUCGCCACGGCCGUUUCUAGGAUCGACAACCUCGAAUUCCUUUCCGACACGGUGCCCAAGACCAAGACAUACAGGCAGUUCAAAGAGGAAAAGGCGCGAGAGGCUGCCGCCAAGACCACCUCCUCCGCCGGACCGGCUAACGGGGUCAAUGGCGGCGGUGGUGAAAACGGCGUCUCGAUCGAGACCAUGAUGAAGAACGAGUAUCAUCAGAACGGCGUCGUCAACGGGGUAGCGAACGGCACAGCACCGGAGCGGGCCGGCCACCACCACUCGCGCAACCACAGCCAUCCCGACCCGGUCAGGGAUAUUGAUAUGAGUGGAUGA